AUGCUAUUUGAUCAGCGGCUUGGUGCCUAUCGUGUUCUAGCAGUUUCUAUUACUAUUACCUCGUUAUGCACUGCUUUGUCAGCCUGUAUUAGUUUACCACUGAUUUACAUUUAUGCCGCUCAAGUGCAGAAUAAUUUGAUGUAUGAAUUUUCCACAUGUAGAACAACGGCGCAAGAUGUGUUGAAAAAUGUCGUUGAGCUGAAGGCGCUUUCAAUGCGCGUUCGAAUCCCACGUAAUUCAAGUACUGAAGAAGUUGCUGGUUAUACAUCCAAAAGCAUGCAAUGUGAUGAUAGUUGUUGUCUACCAGGGCCUCCUGGUCGACCUGGCCCAGCAGGUAGGCCGGGACGUCCGGGAAAGCCUGGCAUUAAUGGCGUAAAUGGCAAUCCUGGUCGUGUUCUGAUGGCACCUUUUCUCUAUGUAACCUCAGACUUCUGCAUAAAAUGCAGCUCAGGACCACCAGGAGAGAAGGGAAAGCCUGGGCAACCAGGAGAGCCUGGUUCUCCUGGAAAGCAAGGAAGGGCAGGUAUACCUGGAAAACCUGGUCUUAAAGGUCGUCAAGGACCAGUUGGCUCUCCUGGAAUGCCAGGGGUGCCUGGGAUUCCUGGAUUGGCAGGUGAGAUUCUUGCCACACAAGAAGGAACUUCAAGUGUGAUUGCCCAUACUUUAGGUGCAUCCUGCGAGCUGGGACAAAUAGAAUAUGGUGAACCAGGUCCCAUAGGUGAGCCUGGUCCUCAAGGACCGCGAGGACCUCCUGGACGACCGGGUGUAGAUGGAAACAUAGGAGAUGCAGGCCCCAAAGGACCUCCUGGUGAAGAUGGCCUGCCAGGCAUGCCCGGAGAACCUGGACUUCCAGGUCCGCCAGGGCCCCGUGGUCGGAGAGGCGAGAAAGGCAUUUGCCCAAAGUACUGGAUGGCCGGCGGUGGUUCUCGACAGACGAACAAGACCCGGAAUCGAUCGAGCCAUCUCUGA